CUCAUCACAUAGCUAGCUUAGGCAAAGAAGGUUAUUCCCAUGAUGUCGCCCUUUAGCUUAAAAAUGUCAUCCUCUUCCACCACCUUAGCCCUAGUAGCAGCUCUUCUCAUCCUGCGUGUAUCAUCUAUGGUGAUCAAAGAAUCAACAGGUAGUAAGUUGGAUGCUAAAUUUUACAAAACUUCGUGCCCGAAAGUGAUCAGCAUCGUCGAGGAUACCAUCGAAAAAGCUUUAGAGACGGACCCUAGAAUCGGUGCCAGCCUCAUUCGACUUCAUUUCCAUGAUUGCUUUAUCAAUGGUUGCGAUGGAUCACUUCUGUUGGACAACAGUGCCACUAUAAAAAGUGAGAAAGAUGCCCUACCCAACAAGAACUCGGCUAGAGGAUUUGAUGUAGUUGACAAAAUCAAGGCUGCUUUAGAGAAUUCAUGCCCUGGUGUAGUCUCUUGUGCUGACAUUCUUGCCAUCGCAUCCGAAGUAUCUGUUGUCUUGGCAGGAGGUCCUUCAUGGUCGGUUCUAUUAGGAAGAAGGGAUGGUAAAACCGCAAACCAGAGUGCAGCCAAUACUACUAUGCCUGCUCCCAAUGACAUCCUCACUACUCUCAAGUCUAAGUUCGCAGACCGUGGCCUUGACUCCACUGAUCUUGUUGCAUUGUCCGGUGCCCACACAUUUGGACGUGCCCAGUGUCGAGUUUUCAGUUUUCGGCUCUACAAUUUCAAUGGCACAGGCAAGCCUGACCCGACUAUCAAAUCAUCUUACUUGAAGACUCUCCAAAAGAUCUGCCCAGACGGUGGAAACGGGUCUAUCAUAACCAACCUAGACCCGACCACACCCAAUAAAUUCGAUAAUAACUAUUUCUCCAACCUUAAAAAUGAGAAAGGUCUCCUCCAAAGUGAUCAAGAGUUGUUUUCAACUUCGGGUGCAGAUACUGUCUCUGUAGUUAAGAGCUUCAGCAGCAGUCAAGACAAAUUCUUUAAGAGCUUUGUUCAAUCUAUGAUAAGAAUGGGAAAUAUCAAGCCAUUAACGGGGUCUCAGGGAGAGAUCCGAUCGAACUGCAGAAGGGUCAAUGGAGAUAAAUCAAUAUUUGAGGCAAAUGAUGUUUUAAUUAGCUCCAGCUGAUGAUGGAUUUUUAGCGAGACCCUUACGUAUGAAUAAGGUUUGUUUGAACAAAACCGUUCUAGACUUAAAUAAUUCCUGUAGAAGUGUACUGUAUGUCAAGAUAAUCUUGAAUAAGAAGAAAAGCUUUUAAAGUUUA